UUUUGUGCUCUCUGUCAACAGGUAUACAGGACGACAGGAAUCGGAAUCACUAAGAAGUGAGGACUUGGAUUUAGCGCCCAUCUACACCAGUACUCUUCCAUCUUCAAGACUGUGUGACGGAAAUGUACCCCUCAAAAUAGUCAUUACUCUCUCUCUCGACACAGACUCAAAGCAACCCUUCCGUCGAAGCAAAAACAUUGGGCCAAGGAUCCUGGGUGUUUGUGACCCAUUCAAAGCACUCGCCUACAAUCCGACCAAUAAGAGUCAAGGGCUGAUCUGAUCCAAGAUGGCCGACCCGUACCAAAACAACAGGUACCAGCAGCAGGGGGGCGGCGGGGACGCCUACGGGUCGUACGGGGAGGGGGGGGGCCAGGACGGGUACGCGUACCAGGGGGACUACCCGGCGCAGGAAGAGGACGCGGCCAGCGACGCCACCGAGGGCCACGAUGAGGAGGACCAGAUGUACGAGGGGGAGUACCAGGGGAUCCCCCACCCGGACGAGGUCAAGGCCGCGCAGCGAGCCGCCAGGGCCAAGUCUAGACCAGCAGGUAAUGUUAUCUCGGAGUUGGAGGAGUUGUCUGAACAGUAUGAGGAGAUCAUGGAGGACUGUGGCCACGGACGGUUCCAGUGGACUCUCUUCAUCGUCCUGGGGCUGGCUCUCAUGGCCGACGGGGUGGAGUGCUUCGUGGUUGCGUUCGUGUUGCCCUCCGCUGAGAAGGACCUGUGUCUGUCUAACGCAGAGAAAGGAAUGCUGGGUCUGACUGUGUUCCUGGGCAUGAUGGUGGGGGCGUUUGUGUGGGGGGGCCUGGCGGAUAAGGUGGGCCGCAGGCGCUGCCUCAUUGUCGCCUUGACGAUCAACUGCGUGUUCGCGUUCCUCUCCUCCUUCGCCCAGGGAUACGGCUUCUUCCUCUUCUUCAGGCUCCUCUCAGGCUUCGGUAUCGGGGGUUCAGUGCCAAUCGUCUACACCUACUUCUCAGAGUUUCUUCAGAUGGGCAAGCGGGGGGAGUACCUGUCCUGGCUGUGCAUGUUCUGGAUGAUCGGAGGAAUCUACGCUUCCUUCACUGCCUGGGGCAUCAUACCCCGAUACGGCUGGGGCUUCAGCAUGGGCACAGAGUUCCAGUUCCACAGCUGGCGUGUGUUUGUCUUGGUGGCUGCCCUGCCAGCCAUCAUCUCCCUGGUGGGCCUCACCUUUAUGCCUGAGAGCCCCCGCUUCCUCCUGGAGAAUGCUAAGCAUGACGAGGCGUGGAUGAUUCUGAAGCGGGUGCACGACACGAACUGGAGGGCCAAGGGCCAGCCGGAGAAGGUCUUCACUGUGACCCACAUCAAGGCUCCCAAGACGGCUGAGGACGAGUUCAUCGAGAUCCAGAGUGCUACUGGGACCGCCAUACAGCGCUGGGCCGUCCGCUCCGCCACACUCUGCAAACUAGUGCUAAAGAACGUAGUGUCUCUUCUGUCGGCUGAGCUGAGGAUCACCACUCUCUUCCUCGCCAUUAUCUGGUUCUGCAUGGCUUUCAGUUACUAUGGUCUGUCCGUGUGGUUCCCUGACAUGAUCAAACAUCUUCAGAAUGAAGAGUAUGAAGCAAGAGUCAAAGUGAUCACCAAGGUGUUCCAUGGAGAGCGCGUGGAGCGGUUCCGUUUCAACUUCUCUUUAGAAAACCAGAUCCAUAGAGAAGGAGAAUACAUCAGAGAUGAGUUCAUCAACAUAGAGAUCAAGUCAGUGACGUUUGAGGACUCUCUGUUCGAAGACUGUUACUUUAAGGACAUCAGGUCCAGCAACACAGUGUUUAGGAACUGCACCAUCAGAUCCACUGAGUUCAUCAACACAGACCUGUGGAAGGACAAAUUCAUCGACUGUAAAUUGGAGAAUGUAUCCUGGCACGAAAACAAACGAGGCUGUCACCUUGACGCGGUGGAGGAGAACGAUGUCCUCAUUUACCUGGUCAGCUUCCUGGGCAGCCUGGCCGUGUUGCCGGGCAACAUCGUGUCCGCCCUGUUCAUGGAGAAGGUCGGCCGGGUCAAGAUCAUAGGUGGCUCUAUGCUGGUGUCGGCGGGCUGCACCUUCCUGCUCUUCCUGAGCUUCAGCCAGGCCGCCAUCAUCGCCAUGCAGUGCCUGUUCUGCGGCGUGAGCGCGGCCGCGUGGAACGGCAUCGAGGUGGUCACCGUGGAGCUGUACCCCACCUCCAAAAGGGCCACCGCGUUCGGCCUGUUGAACGCCAUGUGCAAGUUGGCGGCCAUCUUGGGCAGCUCUAUCUUCGCCAGCUUCGUGGGCAUCACCAAGGUCAUCCCCAUCCUGCUGUCGUUCGUUGCGCUCAUCUGCGGCGGGCUGGUGGCGCUCAAGCUGCCCGACACCCGCGAGAAAAUCCUCCAGUGAGAACAUCAUUGGGGGGGGGGGGGGGGGGAGCUUGGACUGCAUCAGAACAGGAAAGGGAGACGCAGGUGGGUGGUGUGUUUCGUGUCUAGAGAGAGGAGGGAGAGAGAGAGAGAGCCCAAGAGGUGCAAGUUUCAAAUGUAACACCGCCUCCCCCGCAAAAAAGAACAAAUACAACUAAAACAUAUAAACAUCGAAAACUGCUGAUUUGAUUUGAUGGUAUUAUUCCAUUGUGGUGCAAUCAGUUGUGGCAAUCAAACACAGGAAACUUGAAGCUGGGUUUGCAAUAUGAUAUAUCAUAAAGUCUGUUUUUGCUGCGUUGGAAACGUUUGUGUGCGAUUCAGGAGUUACUGAGUGUGAAGAUGUUGAGGAAGAACCCUGAAAGUUUAAUAAGAAACACUAAUUCAAUGACAACCGAAAUUAUGAAAGCGGAUAUUGACGGGGCUGGGAAAAAUGAGGAAGAGAGUAGAUUCAUGGCACCAUUAAUACAGAAGAAUACGAAUAUGAAUAAAUGAUAUAUUCAUUAUUAUGUGUCCUCAAAGCCAUAUCCCAGAGGCUGAGGUUUGGUAACAACGAGCCCAUGCUGAUCCCAUUGUGAGUUGAAUGGAGAAUGAAAUAGAGACGAUAUGACAAAGUAGAUAGUGACAUGAUGUUAUGGAGGGACAAUUCUAGUCUGGAUGACUUCAUGUUUCAAUUUCUGACUAAUUGUCAUCAUGGAGUAUAUUAAACUCAUAGUUUAUGACACGAAGACAGGAUUUCCGCACUGCAUCCACAAAACAAGCGUCAUUCAAUUGGUUUUAUUAUUAUUUAGUUGAUGGAUUUUAGACAUUUUGAGCUGAAUAUUGGGACUAUGGUUUACAUGAUGGAAUGGACAUUUAGGUCACCUAAAUGUAAUUUGAUAUGUUAUGAAAGUAGCCAGCUACUAUGAAAGUAGCUAGUGUAUAAGAAGUGGUCACUUCAAUUAUUUUCAUUUACAAUUCACUUUGGUUGUGUGCACCAUUGUCAAUUAUUAUAAUAUAUAUUUUUUAAUAUUAUUAUUGAAUGUGCAUUACUUAAUUUAAAAUAUGACCGAAACAUGGUAUAGGGCCAAUCUUCAUAUAUCUAUAUUGUCUAUGUCUGUUUUUGUCUGAAGUGGGUUAUGCUGUGGUUUUGAGUAAUAUGGUUAGUAAUGGGGCUAAGCAUUUUAAUGAAUAACUAAUGUCUCUAUUUUGAGUCGGUCCAUUCAGCUUUAACUUCUAAGCAUAAAACAUUCCAAUGUUAGCAGUGUUUAUGUUGACUAUUUGAGCCCAUGUCAACCCCUCCGUGGUAUGGUUAACCUGUCCCAUUAUCAAAAUCUUUAUUUGGCUUUGCUUACACAUCCCUCUCUCUUUUUGUACUGUCAGCAAAACUGGCCCUCCAUGUCUUCAAUGAUAAAAUAGCUCAAAAUAGUGAUAAAGGGAAGGGACAAUCGCAACAGCCUGAUUAUUUGUGUAUGUAUGUCUAUCCUUCCCCCUUUUUCUCUUCUUUGAACAUUCACACUCAAGUCCAUGCCUGCUGUACGUAUAUCUGUUACCUGAAAGACCUGUGUUGAGUCCUGAUAUUAACAGAGAUCUGAAUAUAUAUAUAUAUAUAUAUAUAUAUAUAUAUAUAUAUAUAUAUAUAUAUAUAUAUAAAGAAUUAUUUUCUUCAAAGAAUUCAAGAAAUCGAACAACAUGAGACCACGUUUCCAUCCGACCGACUGCAUGUUUGUGAUUUGACUAACAAGUGGCUUCAUAACAAAACCAGGGAGUGGUUUCCUUACGGCUAAUCGUAUCUUAUGUAAAUGCUUGUGUUGGUUCUUAUAACAUCCCAUGUGUUGAAACUCAACAUUAAGGGACAAGAUGGUUUCGGACCUUAUUUUUGCAGACGUGUGACCUUGCGGGCGAGUGAAUGAAUCAGACUGAUGAACAAGCUCUAAACACUGCAAAGAAACAACGAUAAAUUUGGCCAAUGCCUUAGGAAACUCAAAAUCAAAGCAUCUGUGGCACAACGACUGUGACACAUUGCUGGUCUGUGUAAGGAUGGUACAAACAGUGUUUAUAACCUGAUAAGAAAUGCAAUCAAGCCGUUGUUCACGCAGCUAUUUAGUUAGGUUGGAGCAAUAAGUAUAGGGUUAGAGGAGUGCAGAGUAUAAAAAGAACAUUAAGGAAAUUUCCCAAACUCUUUUGGCUCAACUAAAUAUAACUAAAGAUUAUCUUUUGAAGCAUGGAAGAAGUGUUGUGUUUUUUCAUGCUCAGCCGUUGCAAUAUCCUGGUGUACCCUUGUAUCAACAUCUUCUACGAGUGGCUCUAUCUACAGUAAACUCUGUGUGGAAACAGAGGGUUUUAAUUAGGUCCUCCAUCACUGCAGUUCUCUGCUGUUGUAAAAGACCAUUUCAUCAACUGAAUUAAUUGUUUUCCUGCUUUCACAUUACUGUCCCUCACUUUGCUGGGAUUAAAUCUGUGGAGGCUAAAUGAUGUAUGUAUUUAUUGACAAAUGUCUUUGUUGUUUUUUUGGGGGAAACCUGUUCCUGAGUAAUGUUACUCUGUGUAGAAACUGUAUGACAGAAGGAAAGAAAAAAGCUUUUUGCCUCGUCUGCUUCCACUAACCACCAUUCAUCACCCAUUUAGUUACAGUUGGAACAAUGCAUAUGCCUCUGUGUCUCUUAUCUCCUCUACUGGGCUAAAUACGAUCUUGAAUGACAAGGGGAGGAAAGUGUUUAUGAUUCUUUUCAGGAUUAUGCUUACUCAGCAAUUUCUUUAAAAGGGGAAAAAAAAAACUAUAUUGGCCCACUCUCCGGCGAUUUAUAAGAACCGGUGUUGAAUUUCACCCACAGCUACACUACAAAAAAGAUAACACGGGUAACACAAAUUAUGUCUCCAUACGGGGCUAUAAGUUACCGCUACUUUCCUCCAUCUGAAUUUCUCCUGGACCAUUGUGUGUGUUUGUCGACCAUAUAGCUUAACAGGGUUUAAGGGACUCUUGUCUUCACUGCACUCCUCCCUCUCACCUCCUACUAAUGCACAAGCAACACGACAGAGAUCCAAAUGGACGUAUUAAUGAUUCAAGAAUCGGAUGAGAGUGCAUGUUGAUAUUUUGUUAUGGCAAAGAAAAGAAAAAUAAGUCAGAAUCAACCCCAUAAGCGUCUCUUCAAUGUGUGAAUAAUCAGUUGGUUUUGUCUGCUUCUCAGUGUUUUUAAUCGACCACUACAGCGCUGGUCAAAGCAACAGCUGAUCAAUUCAAUGUGUAUUUUGGUAUAUAUGUAUCGAUUUGCUUUUUUCUGUGUGUUUUCAUUGGUUUGGAACUUUGGACCUUUGUUCAGGCAUCAGUUAGAGAAACAAAAAGCCAUAUUUGGUUCUUUUUUAUAUUUUGUAUUUAUGAACUGUGUGGUUUUGGGUUGUUUCGUUUGUGGAAAAGAAUGAAAUCUGUUUUGUGUCAAAGGUUUACUUUUUGGUGUUUGGUUCAUGUGUAUCUGUGGCUGUGAAAAUAAUAAAACUGAUUAUGAAGAACACAGAA